UAGUUCAUUUAGUUUAACGAGUCGUUUGAGCGAAUCUAUUCCAAGCGAUUCGAUACAAGCAGAAAUAUGUGUCUCAAAUAGUGUUUAAUGCAAAUCUCAUUAACUUGUAGCUUCUUUUAGUUUUGAAUAUUAAAAGCAAACCCUAAACGGUUUGCUCAAUUGCUGUGUGUGUUUGCCAGCUCAAAAUAUUUCACCUGCGUCUACGCUUACUGUGCACUGCUGUUUUUUGUUGUUGUUUGUUCCACUUGUUUCGUGUAUUUGUGUGCAAGGACGUUGCUUGGACGCUGUUUACGUUGUGCUCGUCCUUGCUGGUGAAGGCGCAACAAUUAGAACGCCCAACAAGGCGGGUGAGUCGGUAUGUGUGUUCGCGUGGGAAAAUCAAUAAUAGUCGAAAAACAAGAACUGCAUACCUUGUUUGUGUGUGCGUGCAGAUAUGCGUCUGUGUGUGAACAGUUGUAGGUGUUGCGUACUAAACUUUCUUUUUCUACGAAUAGACACAAGCAAAGCAGUCAAAAAAUACCAAAAAUAAAAAUACCAAAACUAUAACUUCGUAUUAUGGAAAAUACGCACAAUGCUACAGUCGCCUCCAACGCCGCUGCCACCACAGCCGCCAGCAGCAGCACCGCCGACGACAAUGACAGCGAUAAUGAUGUGGUCACCGAUUUUCUAAACUCCAAUUGCAACAGUAAUGGCGUCGCCGAUGUGUCUGCGCCUCCACCGGUACCACUCCCUUCCAUUACAAAUGGUGCCACAGCCAAAAUAUUGAGCCCUGCCCCGCGCGUUACCGUGGAAAGCCAAAAUUAUUGCAUACCCGUUAUCAAUGCACCUGCAGCAGCUGCUCUGCCCUGUAAUAAUAACAACAAUAGCAAUAGCAACAAUAUGCACCACCACCCCAACAACAACAACAUGAUACCCACGAUCAAUGUGACACCCCACAGCCCUGCGUCGGCCUCAAAGUACAAUAACAUAUUCGAGGACACACUGAGCCAACUGCAAAACAUACGUGAAACGGUGCAACAAAUGAAAAACUCCUCCAGCCAGCAUCAACAAGAUGGUCUGGGCAACAAUUAUGGAUUGCUCAAUGCGGCCAUACUUAGCGCCUCGCUGCCCGAUCUCAGUAAUGUGGGCGCUUGCGCCGCUGGCGGCAUCGGCGGCAGCAAUGUUGGCGUCAUGUGGUCAGCGGCACCACAACAAUGCUUGCUGCUGCACACGGAUCGCCGCAAGUCUUGGACGGCCGUGGACGAUGCCAAUGCCACGGGCGAUUGCACUAACAAGAGCGUCAGCCUCUCCAGUCUUGACAGUGAGGAACAGGAAACCAUACGCGUCACCGAACAGCGUCGGCGCUCAGCGCGCAACAGCACAGGUGGCAUUUCAACGCACUCGCUGAACGAGGCGGAGCUGGCGCGAGAUUUUGAGCGAAUUGCCGCAAAAAGGAGUCUGGCCACGGAAAUAAUCAGCCGGAUACCGUUGCAGAAAAGCAUCUCGACGUCGUCGAUUAUUGCCAAGGAGGACAUCAAGGCCAUAGCGCGCCAUCUCACAGAUAGCGAAGAUGAGAAUCAGAGUCUGUUACGUUCGCAUGCCAAGAUCGAGGUCUACGAUCAUGUAGAGAAGCGGCCCAAACGCGGCUCCCUGUUCUUUCGCAAAAAGAAACCCAAGGCCAAGACGAAGUCGUUGGUGGGUGGUGUCCAACUAAUCGACAUGGAUGCGCAUCUCGAACGCAAGAAACUGACAUCGGGUCAGGACUAUUGCGAUGGCUCUGAGGCGCUGCAACAGCAUCAACAGCACCAACUGCUAGAGCAGGAGGAUCAACAGCCGCUCAUACGCGCCGCCGAGCUGCAGUUUCUCAAUGAGCCGCCCAUUGAGGCGCAGGAUUUGGGCGCCGAUCCAGCUUUAGGCAUUGUGCUGCAGGAGCCCGACUCCUGGACGCCCAAUGUGCCCAAGGAGCAGCUGAAAACGCUUAAGGAGCUACAAAUCAAGCGUCAGGAGCAUAUCUACGAAUUCAUCAUGACCGAGAAGCAUCACUGCCAGACGCUGAUUGUUAUGCGUAAAGUCUUUGUGGAGAGUCUGGAGCGGCAUUUUCCGGCACUCAAUACGCACAGCAUGUUCCCGCGCCUGCAGCAGUUAACCGAGCUGCACACUUGUUUUUUACGCCAGCUGCGCCAGAAACAGCGCGAACAUCUGCUGGUGGACAGCAUUGCGGACAUACUGCUGGAGUUCUUCUCGCUGGAACAGGCGCAAUGUCUGCGCUUGGCAUAUGGCGAAUUCUGUGCCAAUCAUCGCACCGCCCUGGAACAGUUCAAGCAGUGCCUGUCGGAGCCCAGUUUUGCCGAAUGGUAUAAGCAUUGCCUGCAGAAUCCUUUGCUCAAAAAGAAGGGCAUACCGGAGUGCAUUUUGUUUGUGACCCAGCGGCUUACCAAAUAUCCGUUGCUGAUCGAACCGCUGCUCAAGAGCGCACGUGAUAAUAAACUGGAGACGGACAAGUUGCAGCAUGCCUUGAAUCUAGUUAAAUCGCUACUGGUUGACGUGGAUGCUUGUGUGGCGGAGAAAGAGCUGCGUGAGCGACAGCUGGAGAUUUAUGGGCGCGUUGAUGCCAAAUCUUUUGCUAUAUAUAAAAAUAAACCCUUUCGCAAAACCGAACUGGGUGUGGAGUCGCGACGUCGCCUUAAAUUCGAUGGACUGGCCACGCUGAUGCAGGGUCGCGCCAAGACCCAACUGGUCUUGGUUGUGGUGCUUACGGACUGCCUGUGCUUUCUCAGCGAAAACUCGGCGCAUAACAAAUACGCAUUCUUUACGCCCGAGCACAAGGCGGGCGUGGUGCCGCUACAGAAGUUAUUAAUACGCGAGAAAGCAGGCACCGAAUCGCGUGGUAUUUAUAUAAUCAGCUCCAAUCCCGAUUUUCCUGAAAUGUAUGAGCUCAAGGUGCAAACGCCAAAGGAUAAACAAACCUGGAUACAGAGCAUCCGGCAAGCGGUGCUCGAUUGUCCCGCCACGGAUAUUAUUGAAGCGGAGGCUCUCACCGCCGAGGAGAAGCUGCGCAUUGGCGUCAACAAACGCGAGACCAUUGAGAAGAUGCGUCAAAAGGACAUCGAACAAGCGCUGCUGCUGGAAGAAAAGCUGUUGCUUCAGUUCAAUCUGCUGAAGCAACAACAACCGUUUGGGGAUCUCAAUAUGGCCAAUAUGAAUGGAAGCGCAGCCAAUUUCUUGGCCGCCUUUGGCUCCUACAAGGAGUUGGUCAGUACAGACUGCGACACCACGGAGCUCUGGCGUCGCGUGCUCAACACCGUGCAGGAUAUUAGCCAGCUGGCGGCGAGCAUCUAUAGUGCCGCAACGGGCCUGCCCGUCUCGCGCACCGUCAGCAGCGUGGGUGAGAAACAGAGCGUGCUCUAUGCCUCACCCACGCUGCCAAAGCGCGCCGAAACCUUUGCCGGUUUCGACGAGAAGCGUGGCAAGCUGGGCCGCGAUGCCAAACUGACGCCGCGACUGCAGGAGCUGGAGGAGAAGCGUGAACUAAAAACCCAAACGCCCACAGAAACGCCAUCGCCUCAGUUGCAAUUGCAGCUGCAUGCAAGCACGCUGCCCGCCAACAGCAAGGAGCAUAACUAUGCGGUGCUGCAGGUCUCGCAUCAUUUGCACACGCUCCUCUGCAUUAUCUCGCAGCAGAUGACCUGCAUACAGAGUCUGCAACUGCAGCUUGCCCUGUAUCGCGAAUCACCGCGGAAUAGCAGCGGUGGUGGUGGCGGCGGCGGCGGUAGCAGUGGUGGUGGUGGUAGCGGUGCCUCUGCCUAUACGCACAAGGAUCAGCUGGAGGAGCUGCGAAAUUUGCAGGAUAAACUGCAGGAGGAGAAGACCGCCUGGUUGCGUCAAAAGCAACAGCAAAUGGACGAACUGGCUGAGAUGCGUGCCCAGCAGCUAAAUUUGCAGCAGCAGAUCAAGGCCGAGCAGGAGGAUGUGCGUCAACAGCGCGAGCAGCUAUAUCGCAAAAUGGAGCUCCUGUCCAGUCAGGGUCUGUUGCUAUCGCCCAGCACGCCGUUGCCAACGCUAUCGCCAGCGCUGGCGCCCGUGGCAGUGCCCGAGGAUGCACACGAGCUGGACACGCCCACCGGAUCAGCGGGCGGCACAUCAACUGCCUCCACAAUUGAUCGACGCAAAGAGAAGUGGCUCACCGGCAGCUCCAAUUGCAAAACUCCGCCGGUGCAUUUGCUGAGCGCCAAUAAUGCGCCCAAGGCGAAUUCAACGCUGGUCAAACAAAAGCUGCCCAUGAAACUGUCUUCAUUGUCCUCCGGUACGCGUGUGGACAAAUCCGCCAGCUUCAAUAAUAGCUCCAAUAGUGUCGGAUCGCCAGCUGCAGCCUCUAGUUCCAGCGGCGGGGUGCAGCAAUUGUUUCCACUCAAACUGGCCGAUAAGCAUCGUCAAAUGGCCACGCCCACGCCCGCGCCUCAACAUGCGCGCACCGGUAGCUCACCGGCCAUCAUACAACAAGCCACAACGCCUGUUGCCGCGAAUAUAACGCCAAAUGCGGCUGCUCACUACGCAGGACAGCAGCGUCUGGGGCAAACGCCAACGAGCAGCCGCAAUGCGCAUGUAUCAACAGCGCGCGGCACAGCUACUCCUUUGGCCAACUCCGGGCAGGCUCCACGCGCCAAACCCGAGGAGGAGGAGAUUUACUUCUGACGCAAAUUCACGCCAGAGGUCGAAAUAUAAAGCCCAAAAAUAACAUUCCGAUUGCAGCUCAAAAUAUGGUAUAAUUUGCCAAAAAAAAAAAAAAAAAUAGUUAUUUCACUUACCCAAUCAAUUCCCACGGCUUGUUUCGGUUUUCAGUGUUCCGCGUACGUUCCAUUCUAGUAUUUUACGCGUGCGAAUGGGAUAAAGAAUUAAUUAAUAUCGAGGAUGCUAUCCUUUCCGCUCUGUCGAUUUUUCGUUUCGUUCCAGUAUGAGAGACUAUGAGAAUGAUUAGAUAUGUUAUAUUUAAAAGUCCAAAUUUAGUUAAAGGAUAUCAGUCCGUUCAGUACAAUUUUCUAUUGUAUGCAUUUAUAAAGCUACGUGUUUCAUUAGUGUUUCAGUAGUAUUCUAUAUAACAGACAGAGACAUUACUUUAAAAUAUCUGCAAAUAUUGUUCUAAUCAGCAAGCGUUAAAUAUGAAAUGUGAAAAAACUACUUCAUUUCAGAAAAGUCCUUUCCCAACAAUGCGGAAUAAAAACCUAUAAGAGAGACUCGGACAAUAUAAUAAUAAUUAUCAUUUCAAAAAUAAGUUUUAUUAACAUAUCUUCAAAAAAUUAGAGAUUAAGAUUAAGCAUAGAAACGGAGAGCAGCAAAAAUCGAAUCAGUUCUUCCUAAUGCUUAUAUAAAUAUAAUUAUUUUUGUUUUACAAAAUGCAUGGCAAUAUUAAUAUAUCAUAUGCUGGAGUCAAAAUUGGGAUUUUUUUUUAAGCGUAAGACCAAAGUCAAAAAAUUUAAGAAAGAGUCUUGUUCUUCGAAAUUAUCCACAUAAAUAAUUUGAGUAAUAUGAGAACCAAAACAUGCCCGAAAAAAAUAUAUAUUUUCCAUUGUAUAUAUAUUUUUAAUAUAAAAUCCCUUUUAAUCUUGGCAAAUUAUACCAGUAACCAAGCAUCUCAAAGCGCGCAGUUUACUCGUGUGUUGAGUGCUCGUCCAUUAACUUAAGUAACCCCAAGUCUGUGUUUACCAAUAAUAUGUACUUAAAACGUUCCAAUAUUUUCAACUAAGCAUCUCAAAACCUUGCUCUGGAAAGUUUUUAUAACUUAAAUGUAUACUAAAAACUGUUCUUGAUAAACUUUUUAAACUAUAUAUGAACGUUGGGUUUAUAAAAACUUUGAGCAUUUCCUAACAAAAACUUGUCAAACUGUUUUUUAAUGUGUUCUAAAAUGUGUUUUAAAACUGUCAAAUGCAUUUCUCUUAUCGUUUUUAACUACUUCAAUAUUUUAUAAUAAUCACAAGUAAUUGAUACUUAAAUGCUCUUAACGUAAACCUAACUAUUUAUUCACUCGAUGUAUUUAUGCUUAUAUUUUCAUAAAAGCUUAUGAAUUUUAUUUCAACUAACUCCACAAUGCAAUUUAAAAAUGUAUUACAAAGAAAUAAACAAACAAGCUCUAGGUGUUAGAAAACGA